GUGUAUUUGAUAGAAAAACAUUCUCUCUCUACAUAUAUCUUCUCUGGUAGAAGAUCCAUCAUAGUUAAGGAGAAAAAAUAAAUAUCAGUAAUACAUUAUAUAAAAACAAAUAAAAAGCUCUACUUAAACAUUAACAUUUUACAUUUUACAUAUUUUAAGUUUGAUUAUUUAGAAAGUCCUCUCAUAAAAAGAUGAGCUCCCUUAUAGGUUUCCCUAACCUUUUACAAAUUUCAGACUGCUUACCACGUAUGGUGAGCAAAUGAGCUUACGUUUCCCUAAUUUUCACUUACGGUGCACAUUAGAGAACGCAGCAAACACAGCCAACCAGCUAUUUUCGCGCGCUUUAACGAUCCGCAACUACCAUUCCAGUCACCCAGAAGACGAUUUCAUCUCAUGUGACGACCAAACCUUCAAUUGGGAAUGCAAUUCGGACCCCAUUGAUUUGAAUUUCCUGGUUCAGUUACAACAUCAUGGUUCCGUACACAUCCCUUACAUUCUCAACAAAAUUGUAUCCUAUUGUGCCAAAACUUCUUCGUUCUACGUGGGUAUUCAAGUCCACUCCACCAUUAUCAAAAUGGGUUUGAAUUCAAAUGUGUUUAUUGGCAGUGCUCUUGUUGAUAUGUACGGUAAAUGUAGAAUGAUUUCAUCUGCUCGGCAAAUGUUUGAUGAAAUGCGUCAUAGGAAUGUCGUCACUUGGAAUUCACUGAUUUCUGGUUACAUGCAAACAAACUACUCGGAAACAUCGGUUAAGUUGUUCCUGGAAAUGCUCAGAGCGGGGAUAGCUCCGACGUCAUUCAGUGUGUCCGCUGUUUUGAUUGGUUGCACGCGGUUAGAAGAUGGAGAGCUGGGGUCUCAGAUGCAUGGUUUAAGUUUGAAAGCUGGGUUUUGCUUUAAUGUUGUUGUGGGUACGGGUUUGAUUGACAUGUACUCAAAAUGUGUAAGUGUUGAUGAUUCAAGGAGAGUGUUUAAUCAAAUGCCUGAUAAAAAUGUUGUUACCUGGACUUCAAUGGUUACUGGCUAUGCUCAGAACCAACUACCCGACGAGGCGUUGAUUUUAGUCAGAGAAAUGUUGCGCUUGGGUCCUAAACCAAAUCACGUGACUUAUAAUACUUUGCUGAGUUCAUUUCAUUAUCCUGAUGAUCUGGACCGUUGCAAGCAAGUCCACUGUCGCAUUAUUCGAGAAGGUUUGGAGGCUAAUGCAUUCUUAGCGGUUACACUAGUCACUUUAUAUUCAGAAUGUAGUACUAGCUUAGAGGGCUUCUAUAAAAUUUGCUCUAAUAUUACAAUAUGGGAUCAAAUUUCAUGGAAUGCAGUUAUUUCUGGUUUCACUAAUUUAGGAUAUGUUGAUGACGCCAUCAUAUGCUUUUCUAAAAUGAGGCAAGGCGGCAUUAAUGUUGAUUUUUUCACAUUCACAAGCAUUUUAAGAGCAGUGGGAAUUAUUUCAGCCCUUGAAGAGGGGAAGCAAACCCAUGCUCUCAUUUUCAAGACAGGGUAUGCUUCAAACAUGUGGGUACAAAAUGGGCUUGUUUCCAUGUAUGCAAGAUGCGGUAGGAUUGAUGAUGCAAAAAUGGUAUUCUCAUCAAUGGGUGAACAUGAUUUGAUUUCAUGGAACUCAGUGCUUUCGGGAUGUGCUCAUCAUGGGUAUGGUAAGGAAGCUGUUGAAAUGUUGGAAGAAAUGAGAAAAACUGGGGUUAAACCAGAUUUAACCACCUUCCUUGCUGUGCUCUCUGCUUGUAGCCAUGCUGGGUUGCUGGAAAAGGGACUUGAGUAUUUCGAUUUAAUGAGAAAUGAUGAUUUCCAUCAACCACCCAAAGUUGAGCACUAUGCUUGUAUUGUGGAUCUCUAUGGUCGAGCUGGGUAUCUACACAAAGCAGAAGCCUUUAUCAAUACCAUGCCAAUAGAGCCGGGACCCUCAGUCUUCAAAGCUCUGCUAAGUGCUUCUCAAGUUCAUGGAAAUAUGGAAAUCGCUACACGUUGUGCGAGAAAGCUUGUGGAGCUUUGUCCUAAUGAUCCUGCAACUUAUAUACUGCUAUCAAAUGUGUUGGCAACUGGGGGUUGUUGGAGUGAUGCAGCAGGAGUACGGAAGCUCAUGUAUGAUAAAGGAGUGAGAAAGAAGCCUGCUUAUAGCUGGGUUUGAGUUGACAAAAAAGAUACUGAUAUUGUUGUUGACAUAGGACCAAUUAAUUGAUCUCGUCACAUAACCAAAUUAAUGGAAUAGGGAGCUGACUUGGAAUUGUUUUCUUGGGAAGUAGAAAUUUCACUUACUGAAUGUACUAUGUUGCAUAUCAGUGGAAUAGGCAGCUGAUCUUGGACUCAUUUUGUGGGGAUGGACUCCAUAAGAAUUCUUAAGAUCUAAACUCCCUUUGUGCUUGGAGGUGAUAAUCUGAUUUGAAGUGGGAAUCGCUACAUGAUUGGCAUUUGAAAUCACUUGAUAUCAUUGUUUUUCCUCAUUGAAUGGUGGAUUAUGGAUUUUGGGAAAACAUUUGAAAUCAAAUUCUAUGUACGGAUGAAAUCAUUUCACUGAGGAGUUAUGCCAAAGGUUCUCUUUAUUCAAGUGGACCUUGCACCUUCUUUCAAACGAAUUGAUAAAUGCCUCUCGUGAUAAAAUCCUUUGUGGAGAUUGUCGUCGAUGAAUUAUGGAAGGAAAGAAACUAAUUAUACACUAAUUUCAAGAGUUGAAUCUCAUGCAAGUUCAGUGCGUAUUAUCAGAGGGUUUGGAGUACACCAGGGCCUCCAUUGAAUUUUCUGAACAUCAAAUUUGCACACUGCUGCACGUGAUUCCUAUGGGUUUUAAGAGCCAUUUCGGAUCUCCAAAGACUUCCAACAACUGCAUGUGGUGGAAAUUGCAAUAGCCUGAACAUUGGAUCUGAUCUUCCUUGGUGUUGAGAUUUGAGUUGAAGCAAGUGAUCUUGGAAGUUUGGCUUCUUUGGUGAUAGAUCCACUGGUUAAUCAACAUGUUGUAAUUGAACUCCUGUUGAUGAUAGCAGCCAUGUCCGGUGGUACACUAACAUCUGGCUUACAAAUUAAUAGGAUCCAGUGGGCUUGUGAUUACUGGGAUCUUCUCGGUGGGAAUUAACUGUCCUGAGCCAACUCAAGGUGUUGCAGUAAAAAUAAUAAUUGCACCUCAAAAUUCUAGUUCUCGUUCUCGUUCAGUUUCUGUCAAAUGAAGUCUGGUCUUUCCUGCCAAAAUAAUACACGUCCUAAAGCGUAAUCAUUAUGUUUAGAUAGCUUUGAUGGUUGUGGAAGUCAUAGUGAACUCUUAUGUACGGCACUGAGCAGCUUCUGUGUUAAAUGGAAUUGGAAUUCGUUUCUGCCUUGGUUUUGGUCUCAUGGAAAAUGAAAAGAAUUCUCAACCGUGUACAAUGUGUUUUGUUUCUAAUCUACAUUAUUGAUGAAUAGAAGUUCGGAUGAUUUGUUAUUUGUACAA